AUGUUUGUGAAGUUUCAACAUGUACACACCAACUGUUUCCACAUACUGAGCUCCACCAAGACCUCACCCAGCAUAGGGGUUUCAGUCUCCCCACCACAAAAACUUGAACAUGCUCCCAUCAAGAAACACAGAGACCAACAACAUGUUCUUGAAACACACAAAGGAGGGGUAACCAAAACACUAGGCCGGGUUUAUACACUACCUGCCCAUGACACAAAAAACAAGGAUGUCUUGAUCCAUAAUGGUUCUUCCAAAAACCCAGAUGGAGAAAAGAGAAGGAACAAUUGGGUUGGUGGUGGAAAUGAGAAUAAGAGACAUUUUGGGAUUGAAAUAAGGUCGGGGAAUGGGGAAAUUGGUAGGGAGGGGAAAGCGCAGACCAAAUGUUCGAAGAAAUGGUUGAGAUAUGGAGGUUGUAUUCCGGCAAUUUUGGAAGCUCUGGAAAGAACCAGUGAUUUGGAUGAGGCUUUGAGACCAUGGGAAAAUAAUUUGAGUAAUAAAGAAAGGACUAUUAUUUUGAAGGAGCAGCCGGAUUGGGAAAGGGCAUUGGAGAUUUUCUUGUGGUUUAAAAGGAAAGAUUGCUAUGAAGUUAAUGUGAUUCAUUAUAACGUAAUGUUUCGAAUUCUUGGGAAAGUGCAGAAGUGGAGAUUGAUGGAGGAUUUGUGGGUUGAGAUGGGGGAGAAAGGAAUUAAGCCAAUAAAUUCGACUUAUGGCACUUUGAUUGAUGUUUAUAGUAAAGGUGGAUGUAAGGAAGAAGCAAUUAAGUUGUUGGAAUUGAUGAAUAAACAAGGGAUGGAACCCGAUGAGGUGACCAUGGGGACUGUCGUUCAAAUGUACAAGAGGACGGGGGAAUUUAACAAGGCGGAGGAAUUUUUCAAGAAUUGGUCAUCUGGUAAAUAUAAGGCAGAGAAAGGUGGAAUUAGUGGACUAACAGGAAAGAACAUGGUUGAUGGUGACUCCCAAGCUCACGUUUGUUUGAGCUCGUACACGUAUAAUACCUUGAUUGAUACGUACGGGAAGGCAGGGCAACUUAAAGAAGCAUCUGAAACUUUUGCAAGGAUGCUCAGAGAAGGGAUUGUGCCAACAACGGUGACUUUUAACACAAUGAUUCACAUUUGUGGUAACAAUGGCCAUCUAGAGGAAGUCGCUUCCUUGGUACAGAAAAUGGAACAGCUUGGGUGUCUCCCGGACACAAGGACGUAUAAUAUCCUUAUUUCCCUUCAUACUAAGCAUGACAAUAUUAACAUGGCAGCAAAUUUCUUUAGAAAGAUGAAGGAGACUUCCCUUGAGCCAGACCUUGUGAGUUACCGCACCCUCUUGUAUGCAUUGUCUAUAAGGCAUAUGGUUGUUGAAGCAGAAGACCUCAUCGCUGAGAUGGAUGGAAAGGGUCUUGAUAUUGAUGAAUUUACCCAGUCAGCAUUGACUAGAAUGUAUAUAGAAGCUGGGAUGCUUGAGAAGUCAUGGUUAUGGUUUGAGAGGUUUCAUCUUGAGGGGAAUAUGAGUUCUGAUUGCUACUCUGCCAACAUCGAUGCAUUUGGGGAGCGUGGGCACGUUGUGGAAGCUGUGAAAGUUUUCAAUUGUUGUCAAGAGAGGAAAAAACUACGUGCCCUUGAGUUUAAUGUGAUGAUCAAGGCUUAUGGGAUCAGCAAGAGAUAUGAUGAGGCAUGCCACUUAUUUGAUAGCAUGGAAAAACAUGGUGUAGUUCCGGAUAGGUGUAGCUUUAGUUCGCUCAUUCAAAUGCUAGCUAGUGCCGACCUGCCACUAAAAGCAAAAACAUAUUUGAGGAAAAUGAAGGAGGCAGGAUUGGUGAAUGACUGCGUCACUUAUUGUGCUGUUAUCUCUAGCUUUGCAAAAUUAGGUCAGUUGGAAGCAGCAGUGGGUGUAUAUGAUGAGAUGAUUGGGUCUAAUGUGCAGCCUGAUAUUAUUGUUUACGUUGUGUUGAUAAAUGCAUUUGCUGAUAUUGGAAAUGUUAAAGAGGCUGUAAGUUAUGUAGAUGCAAUGAGAGAAUCAGGGUUACCCAUGAAUACUGUUGUAUAUAAUUCACUGAUCAAGCUUUAUACCAAAGUUGGAUAUUUAGAAGAAGCACAAGAAACAUACAAAUUGCUUCAAUCAUUUGAGUUUGGUCCCGAUGUAUAUUCUUCAAAUUGUAUGAUUGAUCUUUACAGUGAGCGAUUGAUGGUCGAACAAGCAGAAGAGAUUUUUGAGAGCAUGAAGAGGAAAGGGGAAGCAAACGAAUUUUCAUAUGCUAUGAUGUUGUGUAUGUACAAGAGAACUUGUCGGUUUAAAGAAGCCAUCCAGAUUGCACAAAUGAUGAGAAAACUAGGACUCUUGACUGAUCUGUUGAGUUAUAAUCACAUGCUUGGGUUGUAUGCGUCAGAUGGGAGAUUCAAGGAGGCCAUGGCAACCUUUGAGGAGAUGUUGGAAUCUGGUGUUCAACCUGAUGAUUCCACAUUCAAAUCUCUUGGUGUUGUUCUCAUGACAUGUGGAGUUCCAAAGCAGGCUGUUCGCAAUCUUGAAGUAAAGAGGAAGAAGGAUGAGCAGAGUGGCUUGCAGGCGUGGAUGUCGACUCUUUCUUCUGUGUUUAGUGUGGAUGACAACGAUCAUAUUGAAGAACGAUGA